AUUUUACGGUCAAAAUCUUCAUUGUACUUGACCUAAACCCUCUCCGUCAAUAAACACAACUCAAUUCCUUCACACUUGAAGCACAGGUCGGCGGCUCUUCUUCAUGCUCGAAUUUUCCUCUCUGGAACUCUAUUCAAGAAACUACGGUGACCAUUUUAUAACAUCUCUUUCUUCUUCCAUUGAACUUUCCAAUCACCGCUGAAAAGACAAGGAAACCAUUUGGGAAUUUUCCUUAGCUCAAAUUCCGUCAACAACACGUUCGUCUUGGCUUCAUUUUCAGUUCCAGCUAAAGUCAGAUUCUUCGUUAGAUUGAAUUAACGACAAUGGGAAGCGCCCGUGGAAAUGGAGUUGUGGACAAGGGAGUUGACUUCGCGAACUACUUCUGCACCUAUGGCUUUCUCUACCACCAGAAGGAGAUGCUUUGCGACCGAGUCCGCAUGGACGCUUAUUACAAUGCCAUUUUCGAAAAUAAACACCACUUCGAAGGAAAGGCUGUUCUAGAUGUUGGAACUGGGAGUGGCAUUCUGGCUAUUUGGUCUGCACAGGCAGGUGCACGUAAAGUCUAUGCAGUUGAGGCCACUAAGAUGGCAGAACAUGCUCGUGAACUUGUUAGAACAAACAAGCUAGACAGUGUUGUUGAAGUCAUUGAGGGAUCAAUGGAAGAUGUAACUCUCCCAGAAAAAGUUGAUGUAAUUAUUUCAGAAUGGAUGGGGUACUUUCUUUUACGUGAGUCGAUGCUGGACUCUGUAAUCUGCGCACGGGACCGCUGGUUGAAGCCAAAUGGUGUCAUGUAUCCAAGUCAUGCUCGGAUGUGGAUGGCACCAGUUAGAUCUGGUAUAGUAGAUCACAAAAUGAACGAUUAUGAAGAAGCCAUGAAGGAUUGGCAUAGUUUUGUUAACGAGACAAAAAAUUAUUAUGGUGUGGACAUGAGUGUUUUGACUAAUCCAUUCAACCAAGAACAAAGAAAAUAUUAUUUGCAGACAUCUAUAUGGAACAACCUGCAUCCGAAUCAGAUAAUAGGGACACCUGUGAUCAUUAAGGAAAUAGACUGCUCGACAACUAGCGUUGAUGAUAUACGCAGUGUUCGUGCAAGCAUUUCAUCAUCCAUCACACAAGAAAAUGCAAGAUUUUGUGGCUUUGCCGGGUGGUUUGAUGUCCAUUUUCGAGGUAGCAGUAAGAAUCCAGCUCAACAGGAAAUCGAGUUGACGACUGCCCCAGAUGAGUAUUUUGGUACACAUUGGGGCCAGCAGUUCUGGUUGCCUAAAUUUCGUCAGGUGUUCCUACUGCAUCCACCUCUGCAAGUUCAAAGUGGGGACAAUAUAACAUUCGAUUUUUCAAUGAGUCGUUCAAAAGAAAAUCACCGGUUAAUGGAUGUUGACCUCAGCUAUGAGGUAAAACAGUCGUCUGGAAAAGUGCUUCCGCGGAUUCAGAAAAAGUUCUACAUAGAGUGAAGUGAACAUCUUCUUUUCCCAAUCUAAAACAAAAUCUACUUAUGCCGAAAGUGACUUGUGAUUUGUAAUGCUUACUACUAUUAUGACUAGUUACUCCCAUGUUUGAGCUCUGUUAGGUCUUCUUUUUUUGUAGCUCUCGAUUCAUUUGUAGACUGGGUGUAGAAUUAUAAUUUUGGUGUGAUACUUCAGAAAUGAAAGAGAAUGCGAUACACUUUCAAGUUUUUGAUUUAAUUCGUGGGGUUCUAAUGUUAAGGAAGUCUUAACCCAACUUUGGGUUGCACAUAUGUGAGGGCUUUUGCAGUUAUGCAAAGGAUGCCAGGUGUUUUCAGUCACUUUGUUAUUUGAUCAAACAUUCAAAUGCUUUUAUAAGUUUCUUU